AUGUCUCUUGAUAUAAAUCAUAGCACAUUAAACAGGAACGCUACUGAAAGUUGGAAGAAGGAAAGUGGAAAAUUUCACCAUCAACAUAUCAAAUGUAUUUGCGUAUAUUUUGUUGACAAAGUUUCGAGUGUUUUCCUGUUGUUCUCUCCACUUCACUCCACUAAAGUCCUUGCUUUUCACGUCGACAAAAAAGGUCAUCAAGAUGGAAUAAUAAAAAAAUCUUCAGUUUAG